CUCCCUAGAGAGAGAGAGAGAGAGAGAGAGAGAGAGAGACUGGGCGAGAGAGAGAGAGGUAUGAUUAAAACCAGACAACUUAAGAGCAGUGUUGUCCUUUACUCUUUCUCUUCAGCUUGUGGCAGACUUAAAUCAUUCAACAGAGGCCUGUUUGGAAAGCAUCAGCAGUGAAAUUAUCCUGUCAUCAAUCAACACCUUGAGUCCCAGCUAAACUGAUAUUUAAAGUACGAGGCUGGCCACAAGAAAAGACAUGAGGGUUCAAGCUGUCUCUAGAGCGCAAAUUCUAGAAGAGUUUCGUUUCCGAUGCCUGGAACUUGCAGCCAAUGACAACAGAGGCUUUAAACAGGAGUUUGAGGAGCUCAAUGAUGUUGGCAAAGACCUCCCGACGAGAGCGGGGGACUUGGAGGCCAACAGAGAAAAGAACAGAUACCCCUACAUAUUGCCAUAUGACCACUGUCGAGUGAGGCUGUCCAUUCAAAACUCCCAUCCACACACUGACUACAUCAACGCAAAUUUUGUGCCUGGGGGAGGAUCAGAAAGAGACUUCAUCUGCACCCAGGGUCCUUUGCACCACACCAUGGCCGACUUCUGGAGGAUGGUGUGGGAGCAAAACAUCAGGAUAAUCGUCAUGGUGACAGCUCUGAGACACAAGGGCAUAGUGCUGUGUGACAAGUAUUGGCCUCUGGAACGAGGGACAGUUUAUCACGGACUGAUCCAAGUGACGACAGUGACCCGUAAACAAGGUCCAGAUUAUUUUAUCACCACCAUUAACCUCAGACAGAGAGAUUGCCCAACAGACAGGAUAAUCACACACUACUACUACCCUUCCUGGCCGGAUCGGGGCGUCCCUAAAAACGUAUCCUCACUCUGUGCCUUCACUGAGCAUGUGCGGCAGAAUUUAGAAGCCAUUCCUCGCCUGGGGCCGGCUGUGGUGCACUGCAGUGCAGGUGUUGGGCGGUCAGGGACAUUUGUGGCAUUGUUGUGGCUGAUGCAGCUGUGCGUGAGGGGCAUCCGGCCUGAUAUCCGGGCUGCUGUGGAGGAUCUGCGGUUACAUCGAAUGUGGAUGGUCCAGAAUCUGGAGCAGUACAUGUUUGUUCAUCAGUGUCUGCUACAUUGGCUCAGUGGAGGAACCUCAGCAUGCAGCCAACAAACUCAGGGAGCCAGUUCAGAUAUUAACCACCACAUUCAGGAUCGACCCCACAGCUCCUCAGCACGGGGGAACCGAGCAGGGAGGAGGAGACAUCACCAUAAUCGACAGACACCUCCGUCAGACCAACAACAAAACACAUUGCAGCAGAUUUUACACCCUGGGAACCUAUUGAGGAGGAUUCUGCCUUCCUCAUCGAUGUUUAAUUCAGGCUCACACACCUCCUGAGCUCAAAUACUAUAAAGCCGAUAAUACAAAAAACAAGCAAGACACUGCUGGUGGGUAGUAAAAAAAAAAAAAAAAAAAAGCCCUCAUACAGCACCUGAGAAGGAAGGGGAAUAACUGUAGAAAUAAUGCAGUGUAUGCUGUAUGACAACAGGCCCUGCAGGCAGAAAACUGGCCUGACAACAUGCAAAUAAGUGCUGGUUUAAAAAAAAUAAAAAAAAACAGACGCAGCAGUUUGUAUUGUUGCCAUAAAGGAAUAUUAAGGAAAGAACCAGCUGUUCAGGUCAAACCUGUUCCUCUACUGUGGAUUACUUAGUGUGAGAUUCAUAAGAACAAUGAUGACGCUGCCACCUGUGCGUGCAGACAGUGCUAGGGGUAAUACUUAGAACCCUGUUAAUCCAAAAUGUUGACAGUGUACUACCAAAUAUGUUUGGACAAUUCAUUGUUUCUUUACCCUUUGUGUGCCUCCAUUACUGAUGAAGUGAUGUUGUGGGAUGACUUUUAUUUAGGGUUUUCUUUUUUGAAAAAAUCAUUGUGCAUCAUUUUAUAUCACACAAUGCAGUCAGUACUUAAGGAUGCAUGUGCAGAAUUGAUAGCAGACUUGCUAGAAAGGCAGACACAUGGUAUAGUGGCUGUACAAAAAAGGUCAUGUUUCAAAAACACACAGGCACUGCCAUUCUCCUUAGAUGACUGAAACCCAUUACAGUACAUGAAGGAGCUAUGAGUAUUAUACAUUAUAGAACAUUAAGGGCUAACCCACUUUUUUUUUUUUUUAAAGAGUCUUUCAUCUGUCAUGUAAUAAACAUGUAUGAUACAAUAGAUCCCUCUCCAGGUGAGUUUUGGGGUUGGUGAUGGACAGAAGAGAGUAAGGAGGAUCCAGCAGCAAUCAGCAUCCUUCGCCCUCCGUCUGUAAGUGCUAGUGGCUGCGGGCUGAGUGGCGACACUGUAUUGCAAUAAUGUCUAUGUCCUGAUGCGAUUCGUUUGCUGCUGAGCUAGUCCAACAGAGGGUGCUACAGCCCAAGCAGCAUCCACCAACAAGCGAGUAGUCUCCAGAGUUAGGGGUGUUUCCAAGUGCACUCAGCUCAGGAACAGACGAGAGUGAAAUACAAAGAAAGAGGGAGAAUUCACACAACUUGAAAAAUUUGCUUUUAGCCUAUGUUUGGCUACUUAAUGCAGUCUUAAUACCAGUGAGGUAUUCACUGUGAGACUUAACCAAGGCAGAUAGAGCAAUGAAGAGGGAUGUCUAUGAAAAGCAGCAUAGCACAGGCCAACCCCAGUGAAAAUAUAUAUGAAAUAUAUUACAGAUUAAAAGAAAAACGGGAAAGAAAAUUAACAAUUGUUCCAGACUAUUGGUAAGGAGAACCAACAGUUAAAAUAACAUUUAAAUUAGAGUUCAGGUCCAAUAAAAAGAUUAGACACUACAUCCUUUGGCCAAACAAAAAGAAUAAAAACACGUGGUAAGGUUGAGAGAUUGCCUCAGUAAGACAAAUAAUUAUCUGUAUCGGUUGUAUGUGUAUGUACAGUCCUUGUGUGUAAGAUAUGCUGACACAUAAUGAAUAUAAACAUAUACAUGCCACCCUUAAAGACCACAAGAGGGUGUGAGAGAAUAGAAAACUACUGAUAAUGAGCAAUCAAAAGGCUGGGUGAAGAGAAAGAGGAAGAGUCUAGUCCAUUUAUUGUUCUCCUUCGGUCCAACUAGUGCACGCCCUCUGACAUGUUAAUGGCUUCCUGGAUUUCGCGGACGACGAGGAUGCGGGCAAGCAUCUGCUCCAGCUGUUCUUUUGGGAUUGGUUGAGUCGAGUACCAGAUGGGGCUGUUCGGAGCCACCACGGGCUCUGGUGUCAGGUAGAAGGUGUCAUUGCGACCUUUAGCGCUCUGCGGACUGACAGAGACACACAGUGUGAGCACGUUGUUAGGGUACACAGUAACAGAUACAGUUCUAGCCUUCCUCAGCAUACAAUACAAUUUAAUUAAAUUCUCUUUUUCUGCAACUAAGGGGGAGGAUUAGUGGAUGGUGUGCUUUCAUAUUAAAUGUCUCUGCCAUUUAAUGCCUGAGUGAACAAUAUUGAACUUAAAGGAAAAUUCAGUAUAUCUUUUUAUUUUAUUUUUAAAACCAGGCUUAGUCUUCUUGUGUAGAGCAUUGUUUCCUCAGGGCUGCAACAAUUAUUUUUUAUUAAGGAUACAUCUGUGGGUUAUAUUCCCUGUUUAUCAUUCAAAAGCAGCAAGUUUUCACAAUGGAAAAUAACUAAUGAAUGUCUAGCAUUUUUAAAACAAAAACUAAAUUAAGACCAUGGUGCUUAUAAAAAAAAGUGCAGUUGUGUUUACUUCAUAUGAGCAAAUUCUUGCACUUUUGUAAGCACUGCAAGUUGGUGCGGUGUAGUAUUAUGUACUGUUUAUUUCUGUAUUGUUUUUCCUUCUGCCUGUGUCUACAACAUUGCCUAUACCAUCACUGAUGUUGGGUACCUGCCAAUUGUAGACUAAAUAUAUUAAAUAUGAUUAUGUUCAAUUUUGUGCCAACACUGCAAAUUUCCCUUUGGGAUAACAAAAUAAAUUAAAAUCACUCA